UUUUCUCAUACCUAUAUGUCGUUUUGUAAAGCCAAUGAAGCAAAGAGUGGCCUCACAAUAGAAUAUAGCAAGAGCGAGCCCUCCCUCAGUGCGUCCGCCAUUGCGUGCGAGAGACGACGCGUUUCCCGCGCUAAUCAUAACCAUAGACUAAACGGAUAUACUUUUCCCGAAUUAUCCCGCGAAAAGCUCAAGAUGGGUUGGUGGCUCUACCUGACGCUGGUAGUGGCGGCUGCGCACGCGCAGGAGACGUGUCUCUCAGUCAAUGAGAACCCCUAUCUCCUUUUUGGCUCCAAGACUGCCUAUCUCUUCGCCAACAACAAUGUCCCGGUGAAUAGGAUUCACGAUGUGCCCGGAUGUCAGCCAAUAGCUUUCUGGCUCGCGUACCGUCACGGAGCGAGCAACCCAACUGAAUCAGAAAUACCUGAGCUGAAGAAGCUGUCCGAUUUCAAAAACAAUAUCCUGAAUAACUACAGGAGUGGAAACUUUAGGAAUACUAACCAACGCAUUUGCGCAUCGGACGUAAACCUGAUCAGUCAAUGGGAGUGGAAUUCGCGAAUCAACUCCACUUUCGCGGGGAACCUCACGAGUGAAGGGUACAUGACCACGCAGCAGCAGGCGCAGUCCUGGAAACAGAGAUACCCUGGACUAUUGACUGACAACCCACACGAUUACCUGAUAAAAUAUGUGGACGACGAGAUUUCCGGGUCAACAUUCAGGGCCUUCACAGAAGGAAUCUUCAGGACUCAGGCCGAAAAUUAUGACUUUCCCAAAGAAAUGAAUGAAAAGAAAUUGAAGCCCUACAAAUCGUGUGAAAAAUGGAAAAAUGAGGUUGAAGACAACAACGAUACACUCACGCAAAAACGCAUCUUCCAGUCCAAACAAGAAUUUAGAGAGAUGAUAACAAACGUGUCUCUCCGCCUGGGCUUCAACUACGACAUUCACCCGACGCUGGUGUACAAUAUGUACCAGAUGUGUCGCUACAAUAAGGCUUGGGAUAUCUCCUCAGUUUCCCCUUGGUGUUCUGUAUUCACUCGCGAAGAUCUGAAGCGAUACGAGUACGCUGAAGACCUGGAGACGUUCUACAAAUACGGCUACGCUUCAGAUCUGAGCCCUAAAGUCGGCUGCUCAAUGCUCAACGACAUGGUUGCCUUCCUCACUAAACAUGCUGAACACGAGCAACCCCAACAGCCCAAAGCGCAGAUCCAACUGACCGAUUCAGAAAUGCUGCUAAUGCUUCUCCGCACCAUGGGCACGAACCAGGACCCCGCGCCGCUGACCGGCGACAACUACCACACGAACACAGCGCAGAACAGAAAGUGGUCGACCUCUCUGUUGGCGCCAUAUAACGCUAACUUCGCAGCUGUUCUUUACAAGUGCACAUCAAACGGCAACUUCCAAAUCAAAGACAGGUACCAAGUGUUAUUCCUACAUAACGAAAAGCCGGUGGUCCUAGAAGGUUGCCGCGUGGGGCUCUGUGAUUGGUCGCUUGUCAUCCAGCGGUUCGGGGAGCUGGCCAAUAAGUGCGAUCUACAGUUCUGUAAUGGCGCGAAAUCAGUCCAGUCCUGGGGAAUCGUGGCGCUUGUAACUUUAGUUCUGUUGAAGGUUGCGUUAUAAAGUGGAGGAAUUACUAUUGUGAGGCUAUGAAGAUUAUUUCUUGUAAAGACAAUUAUCAUGAUAACGACUUAUUCAAUGUUGCAUCUUUCAAUGCUUUCUGGGUCAUAUAAUAACAAAGCUUUUUUGCUUUAUAAUUUAUCGAGGAUCAGAAUCUCGUUUCGACGGCAUCUACCGUCAGUAGGAUAUUGUCAAGAUAUUUUUUUAAUAUUAAAUUAUUGUACAUUUUUGCCACUAAACACUAUAGCCCAAUUCUCAUUUAACUUUGGUAUAAAAUUUUUACCCACAUGUUGGCAUAUUUUAUAAAUCCUCACAAUAGGUAGUUGAAACAUGGGUGUAAUUAAUUUUAAAUAUGUUUUCAUAGUGAGAAUAUUUAUAUUCAUCAAAAUCAAGCCAAAAGGUAUCAACUCUUCAAGUCAUAGUGCUUAUUGUUACAUACCUGCAUAAUUUUGUCACGACGUCUUUAAAUUACGAUGUCAAACAAAAUGUAACAUUACUUGUAUAGUCAUAGAACAUAUUUUCGAAAUCAUGCGGGUUUAGGCAAAAGUCCAGUACUUAAAACAGCAUGUCUGGCACAUGCUUUAACUAAUCAUACUUAAUGUUAUAAUUAGUUAUAAUAAUAGCUAUUGGUGUGAACAUCAUUAAUAAAGUACAUCACUUUUAAUCAUCAUUUCACUUCAAUCACAGAAUAUCCAAAUUAAUUGCGUAAAAAAAAUAUUUUUUUACUCUUUUUCAUAUAAUAUUUUUACCACGAGCAUUUAUUAUUACUUAAUAUACCUAAUUAGAUUUAAUCACAUUUUUAAAUCAGGAAAUAGGGACAUAGAGAAAUAUUUGAUUUUUAUUAUUAUUUUUAAGUAAUAUUCACUUGUUUUGUUUUAUAAAAUAAUAUUUGUUAAAAUAAUGUGGUGCUCGGUUAUGUAUUAAUAUCAGCAUUUAUUUUUAUGUGCCAUAUAUUGGCAAUAUUAUUUUAUUUAUUUCAAUAUAUUUUUAAUUAAUUUUAAGUACAGUCUAUUUCUUUUUUGAUAACCUUAACUAGUUAUGUCUAAAAGCGAAGAAAUAUUUUUAUGCUUUCACUGUACUUACUAUAAAACAGUUUAAAAUACAUUUCAUAAGUACCUAUUGUUUAAAUAGUAACUUAGUAUAAAUAACACACAUUUACAUGUUAGAUGAAUUAGUAGGUCCUGCGACCUCCCAAAGACACUAAACAUUAUGAUCUUAUUUUAGAGUACCUAUAGCAGUUAAUUCAUAAUAAUUUACUAGAAGCUAUAUACCUAAUUGUUGAUGUAACUAAAUAUACUAAAUGUUUUGCAGUGUUGACGUUUCAUUAUUCUAUAGUUGUUGUAACUCGCACCAAAUAGAAUUUGUAGCGAAUAAAUUGUUUUAUUAUGUA